AUGACUUCCGCUGUGACGUCUCGGCGACAUAGUCGUAGGGCAAAGCACCGACCAUCUCAGUUGCACGUGUCCAACAGGUUUUCCCCACUCAGUGAGCCACCCACUGAGCAGCCUGUUAAUGUAAGUGCUCUGGUUAUAGGAGAUUCUCAGCUCCGACACGUGCGUAUUGCAACCCCCAUAGAGACACCAGCAACCAUAGUCACUUGUAUUCCGGGGGCCAGGGCGCCUGACAUCAGAGCAAACCUGAAAGUGCUGGCUAAUGCUAAUCGUAGAUUUUUGAAGAUUGUUAUCCACGUCGGCACUAAUGAUGUUCGUUUACGUCAGUCUGAGGUUACUAAGAGUAAUGUUAAAGAGGUGUGUGAGUUAGCUAGGUCGAUGUCUGAGGCAGUAGUGUGCUCUGGCCCCUUACCGAUUCCACCCAGUGGCGAAACCUACAGCAGGUUGUUGUCGCUGAACCGCUGGAUGUCUAAAUGGUGCUCAGAAAACUGCAUUGAUUUUGUAGAUAAUUGGUCCACCUUUGAGGGAAGGCCUGGUCUUUUGAAGCGGGAUGGUGUCCACCCCACAUGGGAGGGUGCUGCUCGCAUUUCUUGCAGCAUAGGUGACAGGCUUUACCACCGCGUUAGUGUAGCGGCAGAUAGUGUUAAAUGACUAUCCAGAGCCAAGACCAGGCAGCAGACUAACAGGCCUAACCGACUGUCUGCGAGUCGCCAUCGGACGUCACCCGGAAUCCUUAGGUCACAAACCAUUGAGACUGUGUCUGUUUACCGUGGCAGGUGUAAGCCAAAACAAAAUCAAAAAGUAUGUCAUAAUAACUUAAUUAAAAUUAAUCUAAAUGAGCAUCAUG